AUCAGGCCCCGCCCCGGGCCAUCACGUGACUCCGCUACUUCCCAAGCUCCGUGGGGCGCUGACGUCAUGAGCGUCUUGCUGCCAAAUAUGGCGGACUUUGAUACCAUCUACGAAUUGGAUGAGGAGGAGGAAGAGAACGGAGAAGAGCGGGCGGCAGCAUCCGGUCGGGCGGUGGAUGAGGCACACUUACUGAGAUACGCGCCUGACCCGGUGGUAGUGCGGGGAGCCGGGCACAUUACCGUGUUUGGGUUGAGCAACAAAUUUGAUGCUGAAUUUCCCUCUGUUUUAACAGGAAAGGUUGCCCCAGAAGAGUUUAAAAUUAGUAUUGGGCGUGUUAAUGCAUGCUUAAGGAAGAAUCUUCCACUCAGUGUGAAGUGGCUGCUCUGUGGCUGUAUCUGUUGUUGCUGCACUUUAGGCUGCAGUCUCUGGCCUGUAGUAUGCCUAAACAAAAGGACAAGAAGAUCCAUCUAUAAAUUGCUGGAAUGGGAGAAUAACAGGUUAUAUCAUAAGCUUGGCUUGCACUGGAAAUUGAGUCGAAGGAAAUGUGAAUCUAACAACAUGAUGGAAUAUGUAAUACUUAUAGAAUUCUUACCAAAAUAUCCCAUCUUUCGACCUGACUGAAGAGAUCUCGCUGCUGUAGUUUUUUCUUGUCUUUCCUAUCCAUAGUGCCUUGUAGAUGAUCCUAGAAAGGAAGGUAUACUACAGCUGUGUUUUAAAAACACAAAAGGGGUCUUGUGAAUAAUCAUAUAAGAUCCUGAUAGCCCUGGUAUUUUUUUAUUAAGUGUGAGAAAGUGACAUUUGCACAUUUUAUUUUUUUAUGUUAAGGGAAAGCAUCUGUGUUGCACUUAUUUACACCAUUGAAUGCCACAAGUGGCCAGACACACAGUGUUAAGGUCCCUUGAGCACUGAAUGGGUGGGUUUUGUAUUCUCACUUAUGUAAAUAGUUGCCAUUGUCGUUUAGGUUUCAGUGCUGCUUUAAGCUCUAGAUUGUUGCCUUAUUGUUCCUUCUGGAAUGUUUUUCUGGCACACUGAACACUUUUUAUAAACACUAUAGCUAAAAUACAAAUUAUUUUAUAAUAGAAAGGGAUUAAGCAAUCAUUGCUACUUUGGCUGCUGAAAUACAACUCUCAGAUGCUGGGUUUUAUGAUUCCACAGCAGGAGUGCCAAGGAUUGUCUCUUCAUGUGAUGUAGCAUUCAGUUACAUUUUAGAGUCUCCUAAUGCCAACAAGUCACACUGACUUCUGGGAGUUCAAAUAGCACUUUCAUG